GCCGUUUGCAAUUCUGCCCCUCCUGCAGCCCCUUUCCCUGAGUGCCUCAUCGUCCCAACAGCCCAUAUCUGCCUGAUUCCUCAUUCUGGACAGAAAGGGAUUAGUGUUUCACUCUGACUAAGACUAAUACACUGCUUAAAGAUCUGGAGAUUAUGGCUUCUACCGGAACUUUCCGCAUGGUCUCAGAGGAUGAGCAGGCCCUGCGCUCCAAGCUUGAGCAUCUGACCGUAAAGGAUCAUGGGCGAGUGUUUGGGCCUUGUCAAAAACUACUUGAUUACACAGUACAGAAGGCAAAGGAUGAGCUGAAUGAAACAGCAGAGAAGAGAGUGUCUGCAGUAAAGGAGCUGAGAUCCCUGAUGUGUGAAAAGGCCGAGAAUAUAGAUGAUUUGUCCAUGGGAGUAAAGGAGAAAUUUGGGGACAAACCAGAUUCUCUGCUGCUGAGGUUCAUCCGUGCACGCAAGUUUGACGUGGCCAGGGCUUAUGAGCUCAUGAAGGGUUAUGUGCGUUUUCGACGUGACCACCCCGAACUGUUUGAGAAUUUGAACCCUGAAGCAGUGCGUAGUACCAUCGAGGCUGGAUAUCCACAAAUACUCAGCACACGGGACAAGAAUGGCUGUGUGGUGCUCCUUUUCAACAUAGAGAACUGGGAUUUGGAAGAGGUCACUUUUGAUGAAACUCUGCGGGCUUACUGUGCAAUCCUGGAGAAACUUCUGGAAAACGAGGAGACUCAGAUCAAUGGGUUUGUACUUAUUGAAAACUUUAAGGGCUUUACUAUGCAGCAUGCUGCUGGAAUCAAACACACUGAGCUGAAAAAGAUGGUGGACAUGUUGCAGGACUCGUUUCCUGCACGCUUCAAAGCUGUGCAUGUGAUCCACCAGCCUUGGUAUUUCACAACCACUUACAAUGUGGCCAAGUCCUUCAUGAAAAGCAAAUUACUGGAAAGGGUUUUUAUUCAUGGUGACAAUCUGGAUGCCUACUUCAGAGACUUCAGUGCUGAACUCCUUCCUCCAGACUUCAAUGGUUUUGGGCCAGAAUGCAAUGGAAAAGAGACAGCAGUCAAGCUAUUUGGCUCUGAAGACACAGCCCUUUAAUUUCCCUAUGUCCCCUGAUAAAUAUGAAAAAGAGUAAAUAAAAAUGUUUUAAUUGAUGAGAAAAAUUGUACACAAGUAAACUAGUACAAUAGGAGCUCACUUUGUAAAUACAUACACACUCACACAGGAAAUGUAAUGGAGUUAAUGCCUGGUACUGUUGUCUGUAGCUUUAAAUAGUAAAAGAAAGUCACAUUAGUAUAGAAAAUAUGACCAUUAACACUUUUUAAGACUGUUACUGUUUUUAAGAUAUACUGUGUGUAUAUUCAGACAUGCACACACUCAACAAUGAAGUGGUUUCAAGCUAAUGUGCUGAUUUACUUCAUGUGCUGAAUAAACUUAUAAAAUGCA